GGCCUGCGGCGGGGCAGGAUGGGCAGGAGAGCGGAGCCGCGAAGUCUGCUGCGCGGGUGAAAAGCGGCGCGUGAUUCCCGCGGCGGGAUCGUUCGGCGCGCGCAGGCCCGGAACCCGGCUGCUGAGCGCUUACAGCCGCAGAAGUCAGAGAGCCCGCGGCUUAAAGCGCGUCGCCCGCCUAGCGCCAUCCCCCGGCCUUCUUCCAGGUCUCCAGGGCGGGGUCCGAGCGCCCAUCCACGGCACCCUGGGCCCAGAGCACUCGCGGGCCUCCUCUCCAAUGAUUCAGAACUCACGUCCGUCGCUGCUGCAACCCCAAGAUGUCGGAGACUCGGUGGAAACCCUUAUGGCCGAGACGGCGGCAGUGGUCACUACGUUGACGUCUUUGAAAACCUGCUUACCUUUUUCAGAACUCUCCAGCUCUCGCCUCCAGAUCUGAAUUGAACUUACGGUACUUUCUUUAAGGGGAGUAGGAAGUGCUUGAGCCAGUUUGCACUUUUACGUGUUACUUAUUUCCUUUGUGUGUGUAUCAUUGUUUAUGCCCUCCUCUUUCUCCCCUUAAACUACAUGUUUAUUUACCUUGAAUAUCUUUGAUCCACCCGUUUUCUUGAAACGGAGUCUUGCACUGUCGCCCAGGCUGGAGUACAGUGGCGCCAUCUCAGGUCCCUGAAGCCUCUGACCCUCGGGUCCAACCAAUUCUCCUGUCUCAGCCUCCCAAGUAGCUGGGAUGACAGGCAACCUGUCGCUAGCCCCACCUCCACCAAUAGCAGCUGGGCCGUGGGUGGCGACCAGUCAAACACUGGAGGAGGCAUGGCAUUGCCCGCUGACCACUGGCCGUCCCAGCAAACCGUUGGAAGGCAGGCACUCAGAGGUGCCGUCACGCCUGGCCCGCAGUUACAUCCCGUGAUCAAGGCUUUCCUGUGUGGCUCCAUCAGUGGGACCUGCUCUACCCUCCUGUUCCAGCCUCUGGAUCUCCUUAAAACACGGCUGCAAACUCUCCAGCCUUCAGAUCAUGGGUCUAGACGUGUCGGGAUGUUGGCUGUACUCUUGAAGGUGGUUCGCACGGAGAGUCUUCUGGGCCUUUGGAAAGGGAUGUCCCCUUCCAUCGUGAGAUGCGUUCCUGGCGUUGGAAUCUACUUUGGCACCCUCUACUCUUUGAAGCAGUAUUUCUUGCGAGGACAUCCCCCUACUGCCCUGGAGUCAAUCAUGCUGGGGGUGGGCUCUCGCUCAGUCGCGGGGGUCUGUAUGUCACCUAUCACUGUAGUCAAGACUCGCUACGAGAGUGGGAAAUAUGGCUAUGAGAGUAUCUGUGACGCCCUGAGGAGCAUCUAUCGCAGUGAGGGGCACCGGGGCCUCUUCAGUGGCCUGACAGCAACUCUCCUUCGAGAUGCGCCCUUUUCAGGAAUCUACCUGAUGUUUUACAACCAGACCAAAAACAUAGUGCCCCACGACCAGGUGGAUGCAACCCUUAUUCCUAUUACAAAUUUCAGCUGUGGGAUAUUUGCUGGUAUUCUGGCUUCACUGGUAACUCAGCCUGCAGAUGUUAUCAAAACUCAUAUGCAGCUUUACCCACUGAAGUUUCGAUGGAUUGGCCAGGCAGUGACACUGAUUUUCAAAGACUAUGGACUACGUGGCUUCUUCCAAGGUGGCAUCCCCCGAGCCCUCCGCAGAACUCUGAUGGCAGCAAUGGCGUGGACAGUGUAUGAAGAGAUGAUGGCCAAAAUGGGCCUGAAGUCCUGACCAAGAGAGGCCUGGGAAAGGGUGGCAUCUGUUGCCCUGCUUGGUUUCUGCCCAGGGCUGCUGCUUCUCACUACCUGCAGUAAGCUGAAGUCCUACCUGGAAAGCCAGGCAGAAAUUGUGUUGCCUUUGCCUUUGGUAACCCCUUUAAGGAGAAAAUAGUUGGACCUGAUUUGAGCCUUCAGAAUCUCCAAAGAGAGGAGUCACUAAUACAUACAGCACACUGGGGAGUCAGGAGAGAGCUCUGCAUACCCUGAGAGGCUACUUGGAGAGGCGUUUUCCGAGGAGAGCUCUGUCAGGUGGCUGCGCUUCAGCCCCCCACCUACACCACAGGGUCUCCUUGGGUACGUUCUUGGGCAAGGAAUCGCAAAGCCAGAGAAGCUGUAAGCUGCCUGCUGGGCCUGAGGUGCUCCAGCCAGGAAGGACUGGAUGUGAGGAGAGGAGUCACUGUCACCGGGUCACAGACUGACUGAGGUGAUGGUAGGAUGAGGAACGGAUGCCCUUUUUUAAUUGCUUCUCAGUCAGCUUCUCAGAGGCUCUGGAGAACAGGACAGUGGCUUUCUAGUCUCUGAAUGUCCAAGUAAAAUUUUCUGGUCUAGGCCCCUGUACUGUUUUACCUCUAAAUUCUGGCAUUUUGUUUUUUUUUUCCUGUAAUUAAAGUGCUUUAUUUAUUGAACUUUAUCAUUGAAAGCUGUUUGGAAAACGUAAAA